AUGGGAGAAUCUGUAACACCACCUCGGAAAAUACUGCUAGUAGCCACAACUGGAGGCUUUACACAUGCCGCCCCCAUCCUCGAAAUCGGGCGGGUCUUAGCAGAGCGUGGCCACACAAUUGAGUUCGCCACGCUGAAUGGACAAGAGGACUGGGUCAAGGCCGAGGAGUAUAGCUUCGUGACGCAUGUCCACCUCCUUGGCCCCGGUCCGACACAUGAGCAGCUCGAGGGCCAUUACCGCCGAAUGCAAGGAUGGGACAUCUCCAAGGGCGUUGUUCCUGUGCUGCGCUCUAAAUCCAUGUUUGACUCAUUCUGGCCGCAGACGUAUUUCGGCCUGAAGAGGAUCGUAGACACGCCAGAGACCAGGCCGAGUGCAAUCAUCGCGGAUUUCUUCGUCGAGGCAGCUAACGAUAUUCACUAUGAGUAUAAUCUGCCCAUUGCUGUUGUGUCACCUACCUGGCCUUUGCUGCAGUUGCCCUGUCCUUAUAUUCCAGGGCAUCCAUUACUGCGAUUACCCGGAACCAUGACCUCUGAAGACGCCUCCUUACUCCUGCGCAUCAAGAACGAGCUCGUCAUUGUGCCGGAUUUGCUGGAGAUCAAAAAGAUUUUGAACGCUUAUCAGAAAAUGCGAGACGCACAUGGCGUACACUAUCCUCCUCAUCGGCCCAAGAAGCCCGACUACCUUAUUUUCGUCAAUUCGUUCAAUGGACUGGAGAUCCCACGAGAUCUGCCGCCGACUUGCGCCCCGGUCGGCCCUCUUCUGAGUCCGACCUGGGCUCCGCUGGAUCCUGCAUGCCAGGCGUUCUUUGAAAGCCACAAAUCCGUUCUUUACAUCGCACUCGGCACGCAUAUUAUUCUACCACAGGCCCACGCCGUCUCGAUUAUCAAGGGCGUCUCCCGCUUAAUAGAAGAAGGCCUCCUAGAUGGCGUGAUCUGGGCCAUGGCACAGACAAAUCGCGCAGACCUUGACCGUGAAGCGAUAUUCGAGUUCAAUAAAAAGGACAACAAGAAAACCGUCUCCCUCGGUGAACUGCUCGACGGCAAAGAUGGGAGUUGGCACUUUUCCUUCUUCGCUCCCCAGCGCGCCAUCCUCGACCACCCUUCCACAAAACUCUACUUCACCCACGGCGGUGGCUCCAGUGCCAACGAGGCCCUCUUCCACGGGAAACCCGUGCUUUCCAUGGGAAUCUUCUCCGACCAAAUCGAAAACACAACCCGGCUUGUGGCAGGCGGCGUGGGAGAGUCCCUCUCCAAAUUAGAUUUCACGGCAGAGGAACUGUAUGCGAAAGGUAAAAAGAUCCUGUCGGCGGGCGACGACGGCCCUUACCACCGCAACACACUGCGACUCCAGCGGAUCGCGCACGUAGCGGCUCGGCGGAAGUAUUAUGCCGCAGACCUUGUGGAGGAGCUUAUUUAUGAUCAUGAGCUACGGAUUGGCACGGAUGGCAAAGUGCUACGACCUAUGCACCUGCAGACGGCUGAUUCGAGGAUGCCGGCCUGGAAGGCGAUGAACCUGGAUAUGUAUGCGGUUGGCCUAGUCGGAGUCUCGGCCUUUUUGGGCGCCGUCCUCGCGUCGGGGCUCGGUUUAUGGAGACACAGAGCUCUCUUAGCGAAUCAGGGCGCCGCCUUAUUGGCUUGCGCGGGCAAAUAUUUGCGGAGUUUAAGUGUUGCGCGCGGGCGCUGA